AUGGCACUGUAUGGAACUUCUGAUGCUUUGAUGUGCAGAGCAUUUCCCACUAACUUGAGGGGCCCGGCCCGCACGUGGUACAGCGGCCUGAAGACCAGGACUAUUGCCUCCUUCGACCAGCUCGUAAAGGACUUCGAGCUUAACUUCCUGGCCUACACCCGGUCGAAAUCGUCCGCGUUUAUGAUAGGCCUGCGGCCUUCCAGAUUCUUCUGGUCUCUCGUGGAGCGACCCCCCACCACGGUACUUGAGAUGCUUCAACGGGCGAACCAGUUCAUCGCGGCCAAGGCCUGGAUGGCCGGGAAGCGGGAGGAGCACAAGAGGGUCAGGCCGGAGCCGGCUCAGGGACAACAGUCUGCCACGCCGAGGCGCAGACUGGACCGACCUGACCCGCCCGCGUUGAGGUCUCCGAUACCCCCUUUGGGUGCAUCCCGAAUGGAGAUAUUUCUCCAAAUAAGGGAAAAAGGGCAGCUCAGGCCCCCCGUCCCGAUGAAGAAUCUGCGGGAACUCGCUGACCAAUCCAAGGAACCCUUACCCCAUCCGGAGGGCCCCGUUGAGCGCCACAUCAACGUCAUCACGGGCGGCCCAGCAUCCGGUGGGAUCAGUAUGUCUGGAAGGAAGGCAUACGCCCACUCUGCUAGGGUCGAUGUUCCCCGAUGCGGCCCCGAUCUCGAGGUCGCAUUCCCCCCCGAGGGCACAAAGCGACCAGAGCAUGACAACACGCUCGUGAUAAUGGCUCAAAUCGCCAACGCCCAGGUGAGGAGAAUCAUGAUCGACACAAGGAGCUCAACCGAUGUGCUAUAUCUUGAUGCUUUCCAGAAACUUGGGUUAGCCAAAGAGGCCUUGGAGCCUAUCUGCUCGGCGCUCACUGGGUUCAUCGGUGACUUGAUCUCACCGUUGGGAGCCAUCACCUUGCCCUUGACUCUGGGAGCACUGCCCAAAGCAACGACGGUGAUGUCCACCUUCUUAGUGGUGGAUCUCCCUACGGCAUACAAUGUCAUCCUCGGUCGCCCCACCCUCAACAAGAUCAGAGUCGUAGUCUCCACCUACCACCAGACGGUGAAGUUCCCAACCCAUGCGGGGAUAGGGGAGGUUUGGGGGAGUCCUCGUGAGUCCAGAUAG